AUGGCACCCCCACCUCGUCCUCGACCGCUGCGCAAGGACACGACGGCCGGCGCAUUCAAAAACAAGCCGAUACUCUUUUCCGAGACCUUCAAAGCCUCCACCCUCGUCCCGAACAUCAAGAGCGUAACAUGGUCGCCCACUGGGUCUAUGGUCGCCCAUAGCACCGGCAUCAACAUCCGCGCGUGGAACCCCGAUCGACCGGAUGUCAAGAACUCUACGGAAUUGAGAGAAAAUGUGGGAAAGAACGGAGCACAUGGCAGUGUCAUUGAGAGAUUGCAGUUCAAUCCUAGAAAUGAGGGACUACUGGCUAGCACGGCUGCAGAUGGCCUGGUCAAGUUGUGGGAUGUGAGAUUACCAGGAGGAGGGACUGGCAUUGUCGCUGGCGGAGGGACUGCUGCGAACAAGGGAGGAGUCACACCAAAGGCAGGAGAGCACAAGAUUGGUGACAAGGGCCUGUUCUUGACAUGGCACCCGAAUGGUACCGAGCUGCUCGCCGGGCGCCAUGACGACGUAGUCAUGGCUCUCGACAUUAGACGCUCGAAUGUCGCCAUCUUCGACACUGCCUCCGCAUCAAACACCACUCGCUACGACAUGGACACUGCAGACCGCACGCCGAUCAAGGGCAAGGGCAACUUCAACCAGAUGACCUUUUCCAACUCCGGCCGAGAAGUCUUCGCAACUACUUCAGAGGGACCUGUUAAGAUCCUGGACUACCCUUCCAUGAAUGUGCUCCAUACUUUGUACGCACACAGCAGCAGCACAUACUCGGUGCAAAUGUCUCCCACUGGCAACUUUCUCGCGGUCGGUGGCUCGGACAGCCUUAUCACGUUGUGGGAUACUACCAGCUGGCUUGCGACUCACGUUCUGACGAACCAUACUUGCACGGUCAAGGACUUGAGCUUCAGCUUCGACGGGAACUAUCUCGUCGCAGGAAGCGGCACGGACGGACAGAGAGAUGGCGACAAGGGCCUGCACAUCUACCACGUGGAUACUGGCGAGAUGGUGCACACUGUUGAGACGGCAAAUGCACCCAGAGAUGUGGCGUGGCAUCCGCUGAGAUAUGCUGUUGCAUAUUCGGGCGACCCGGGCGGUCUGAAGCUAGCAGGGGCUAUGACUUGA